AUGGCCAGGGGUAUGACAGCAGUCCAGUCUCGCACACAAUCCAAGGAGACCAUCUCCUUUCCUGUUUUGACCUAUACCGAUGCGUUGCCGCGGAACGACCUUCAGUCUCUCGAGGCCUCACAGCGUCCCAUUCAGCCAAUGAUUGAAAAAUGGGAUUUCAGUCAGCCCUCUGCGGGAGAUGGCUGGUUCAGGAAGCCACCCCCGGACCAAGGCGCGACUUUCGACUUUCGCCUAACAGCGCCACCAGACGAAGCCAUUCAAUCUACCCGACCAGGGCGUACCCAAACGGAGCAACACAUGAUUGGCAUUGCGCUGGGCAGUCCUGGCAUGUUGGAUAAAGACGAGCCUCUGCCGCUCCCCAGAUUUGAUACAUCUAUGUUUGCAGAAAGAGAUUCGGCCAAUAAGCCUAGCAAGUGGAAGAAGAUUGGCGGAUUCUUCAAGGCAAAGAAUGCGUUUACAUCGCCUCCGGAUGCCCCACAAGAAACCACCUUCAAGCCACAAAUCAACAAAGAUAAACUACCAGAGAAACCGCACAAAGCAAGACUGAGAAAGAACUCGACAGAGGAAUGGCCGAAGCUUGAGGUCGAUCCUAGGAAGAUGCCUAUGCCUGGUCGAAGCGAUCAAACUCCACUGCGGAGUCGAAACAUUUCACUCAGCAAUAAGGCACCCACGGAGGAACCAAGCACCCAGGGCCUGUUACUGAGUGUCGACAUCCCAGAUAUUCAGAUGGAGCGGUACAGUGUCAUGUUCAGCAAUGUCGUCCACAAGAACCAAAAGCCUUCACUGCUGGCCAGGAGGGCCAAGACAUUGGACAACCUUCGCGUACCAGAUGCAAAUGGUUUCCUAAGAUCACCUACACCACCGCCAAUGCCCCAACGCCGGGCGACAUCACCAGCCCGAUCAAGCUUCACCUUGUUUCCAGCUUCUCAGCCUUCGAAGGCGGCCCAGGUACUCGGCACACAGAAUUUCUCCCGUGGGCCGAGCCCACUGGUCAGAGCAAACACACUCCCUACCGAGAGCCCAUCGAAGAUGCCUCCACCACAGCUCCACCAUGGUUCAAAUAUGGGGAGCAUGUCAUCGUUCGAGUCACCCGUAAUUCCAAAGCUCUUCACUGAGCGUUCCAAUACACCACGCUCCUCUAGUAGCUACGACAAGCCUCUUCCUGCUAUCAAACCGGAGUCACAGACUGCCCAAUUACAGAAGAGUGCUCAGCCAGAAAAAGAAAACUCCAUCCCCGCAGAAGACUCGGCCACAGCAGAGCGUCCAACCGCACAAUACUAUUGUAACAAAACCGGAAAACAGCCUCGGGUUACUUCGCCAGAAAACAAGACAAAACAUCAGCCCAAUACGACAUCAAACCACCACAGGACCAACGAUUCAGUGCGACCGCAUCUCAAAGUCCAAACCGAAGGCCGACCACCACCACUCGCAAAGGACACACUCUCUAGCAGUUCAUCUAGAAGCUCUCCUUCAGCAUUAAACCCGACCCAGAGCAAGAUUGACCGAAUUAUGUCCCCAUCAUCAGCAUCAACUGGUCCUAAAUCCGGUGUAUCGCCAUCAGAGUCCACGCGCAUGCCAUUCGCCGAUCCCGUUGGGACCACUGACACCGCUGAGAAGGAACCUGCACCCGGGCCUCGACGUCCUAUCCCAAAGGUUGAGGUCUCAAUAGCACGCUCUGUCUCCGUCUCGCGGGCGAAGCGGCAGGUUCUAGUUCCCAUUGGCAUGAAGAUUGACCACUUAAACCCGGACGAGCGGGUUGUGCAUAGAAGACCUCUGACGCCGCAGAUUACAGAUGCUCACCGGGGCCAUCGGCCUGGCGUCUCGCAGGAGUUGCGGAUAGAAUGUCUGUGA